UAUUGUAGGCAAGGUGGAUAUAUUAUAUAUGUAUAUCCAUCGUGAUUGUAGAAUGCAGAUACACAAUACAAAUGGCGCGAAAAUCGCCAUACCUACUGAUUAUUGUGUUCUGAUAAUUUAUUGUAAUGAUAAAAUAUUGAAAUUAGCUAUUAUUAAUAAUAACCAUUGUCCUAUACUGUAGUUCUAAAUUUCUAAUGUUAGUAUAAUAUUGUUAUUCGUAUUACGAUGUUGUAAAAUAAUUUUGUUUUUUUAUUAUUAUUUAUACGUUUAAUUUUUACUUUUUAAUUAUUAAAAUUUUAUGUUACCUUCAGGUUUUAUUCAUUAAGUGCGAAUUUAUUAUACCUACAUAAUAUCUCUACAUACCUAUUAUGAUGGCUAAUGUAGUAGGUACAUCAUUGCAAUAGUGCAAUAUUCAAUUAAUUAACACGGCUGAUAGGUAAUUAAAAUUCCGUUAUGAAAUUACAGCCUGCAGGGCUAAUUUAAGUGUUACAUAUUGCUGUUGUCAUAAUUUUGAACUUAAGAUUUUUAACAUAUAAAGAGAACAAUGAAUAAAAUGAAUAAUAAUAACGAUUAUUUGAAGAAGAAAGAUAUAAUUGUGAUAUUUGUUAAUUUACUGGUGCUAUCCUUAGUUUUAUGUAUUUAUCAUGUUGUUGAUGAUUUGAAAACUAUGCUUUCAAACGAAAGAUUAUGCAUACUCACAACAUCUUCAAAGACUGAUUUAACUGAAAGUGAUACAAAUGAAAUUUAUUUUGACUUUUCCAAAUUGAAAAAUUUAAAUACUAGACACACUAGGUCGACCAAGUCUACAAAAUUUCAAAAUAUGUGCUUGUUCUACUUGGCUCAACCAAAUAUAGAUUUUGAACAAAAUGGUAUCUUGGGGCCAUGGAUUUUGUCGAAUAAAAGUUUACCAGUUGAUUCGUAUUCUCCUGUAAAAUUAACUUCGAGAAGAACUUUGAUAGAAAUAGUUGACCCAGGACUUUAUUUAGUUUACAUACAGGUAUAUUAUUUGUCAUCUACUAAGAAGAACAGUUUUUCUAUGACAAAAGUAACAGCUGAUUUAAAUGAAACACUGUCCGUGUGUAGUACAGUGGGUGUUUCUGGAACAGAAAUCUCGUGUUUCACGUCCAUUGUAGAGUAUUUCCAACCAGGUGAAUCAAUUUUAAUUAGACUUAGGGAAAUGUCAUCUGGUAUAAACCUCAACCGUAAAGCUUCUCACACUUACCUCGGCUUCACUAAGAUAUUGUAAUAAUUUCAUCUGUGUAAAAUACUGUGAUAAAAAUUCCAUUACUCUUUCACAUUUUUUGAUAUAUAAUUUGAUUUAUAUUUAUAUUGCUAUAUUAAUUUUUUUAAUAAACAGUAUUAUUUUAACGUUA